AUGCCUUUCUUGCAGAAACACAUAGAGAACGAAGUUAAGGACAAGGAUACCGCAGAGAAGUUAAAGCCCUGGUACGGCAGCUGGUGCAAGCGUCCUGCAUUCAACGACAAAUAUCUCCAGACCUUUAAUAAACCAAACGUCACACUGAUCAAUACCAACGGAAGGGGUCUUGACAAGUUUCCAGAGAAUGGCAUCGUAUUCGACAGUAGCGAGUAUGAAGUCGAUGUUAUCGUCUUAGCUACCGGCUUCGUAAUUACCAACUUCUUAGAUCCUGCUAAGAAGAUAGAUGGCAUCCUAAAGGGACAAAACGGCGUAUCCGCCGCCGAUCACUGGAAAGACAAGGAUUGUAAUGUUCUAUUCGGCAUAGCAAUGCCCAAAUUCCAUACUCUCAUGGGUCACCUGGGACGUGGAAGUGGACCCUCAUAUAACUUCACAUCCAUGCUUGAUCUUGAGGCAAAAUUGAUUGCACACGUCAUCAAGAAAGCCUAUGAGCAAGCAAAGCCCAGUAAAGUUACCAGUAUUCGUUGA